AAGGCAUAACAAUGGAUUUACCUUCGAAAAACAGUCGUACAGAAAAAUCAAGGAAAAGACCUCGCGAAGUGGAAAAUGAUAAUUUUUUCGAUGUAAUAAAAAAAAAAUCAAGAGAUUUACCGGUUAUUAAUCCAACAGUGAAAUUUUCUGAUAUUGGAGGCAAUACUAUAGUUUUGGAGACUGUUGCUAAUUUGUUACUUCAUAUGAAGCAUCCAGAGAUAUAUACGAAGCUUGGAAUAUCACCACCUAGAGGAUUUCUUCUCCAUGGUCCACCUGGAUGUGGAAAAACACUACUCGCUCAUGCAAUUGCAGGAGAAUUAAAAAUGCCACUAUUGAAAGUAGCAGCUCCUGAGCUUAUUGCAGGUAUUUCUGGAGAAAGUGAGCAGAGAAUAAGAGAGUUAUUUGAACAAGCUAUUACUAUAGCACCUUGUAUUCUAUUUCUUGAUGAAAUUGAUGCUGUGGCUCCACAAAGAGCAACUGCUCAAAAAGAAAUGGAAAGAAGAAUAGUGUCACAAUUGCUUUUAUGUUUAGAUGAAUUAGGAAUGAAGAGCAACGGAAAUAAGAUUUUAGUAUUAGGUGCAACAAAUAGGCCUGAUUCUUUGGAUCCUGCUUUACGUAGAGCUGGUCGUUUUGAUCGGGAAAUUUCCUUGGGAAUUCCGGAUAAAGAAGCAAGAGCAGCCAUACUAAAAAUUCAUACAAUAAAUGUCAUUUUAUCUCCUGAAAUUAAUUUGUUAAACAUUGCUUCACUCACUCCUGGUUUUGUUGGGGCUGAUUUGGUUGCUCUUAUUAGAGAAGCUGCAAUUGCAGCUGUGAAUAGAACAUUUGAAAGUUUAAAAAAGAAUGUUACUCUUGAUAGUAUUGAAAAAGAAUCACUUUUAAACGAAACUAGUACUGAAGAUGUCAAAGAAAAAUUACCAGUUCCUGUGACAGAAAUUACAGAUCUAAUUAUUGAAAAAUCAUCUAUCAAACCUAACAAAUCAACAGUAGAAAGUAAAACAGAAGAUGCAUCAAAUGUAAGUAAGGAUGAUCAACAAAAUAAGCACAAUGAACAAAAAAUAUCUGAAAAUCAGUCUGAAAGACUCGAGCUAUCAGAUUUAUCUGUGCCACCUUCUUCAACACAAACACAAGUUCCAUUAGCAUCAUUAAAAGAAGAGCAACUUGAUAUAGUAAUUGAAGCUAAUACAACUGAUAAGCCAUUGUGUUCAAUCAAUGAUGUUCCUUCGUCUGAUCAAAUCAUUCUUUCAACGAAUAGUCAGGAAUUAGAACCUACUGUUAUUGAUGUGCAAAAAAUACAAAGUAGUAAAAAACUAUCAAAUAUGUUAACUUGGCUGCACAAUGAACCACCUUUAACUUCUGAGCAGUUGGCAAAACUAUGUAUUGAAGAGAGGGAUUUCGAGAUAGCCCUUAAAAAUGUUCAACCAUCAGCUAAAAGAGAGGGUUUUGCUACUGUACCAGACGUAACGUGGGAUGAUAUCGGGUCACUGCAAGAUAUUCGACAAGAAUUGCAAAUGUCUAUUUUGGCACCUAUUAGACAUUCUGAGCAUUUUGUUAAACUUGGAUUAACUACUCCAACUGGUGUAUUAUUAUGUGGACCACCGGGUUGUGGAAAAACUUUAUUGGCUAAAGCAAUUGCUAAUGAAGCUGGUAUUAAUUUUAUCUCUGUGAAAGGGCCAGAAUUACUAAACAUGUAUGUUGGUGAAAGUGAAAAAGCUGUGCGAAUGUGCUUUAUGCGGGCUCGAAAUUCAGCUCCUUGUGUCAUCUUUUUCGAUGAGCUAGAUUCACUUUGUCCAAAACGUUCUGAAGGCGAUAGCACGGCAACGUCACGCGUUGUUAAUCAAAUGCUUACCGAGAUGGAUGGAGUUGAGAGUAGGAAAGAAGUUUUUCUAAUGGCAGCAAGUAAUCGUCCUGAUAUUAUUGACCCAGCAGUAUUGAGGCCGGGUAGACUAGAUAAAAUUUUGUACGUAGGCUUGCCAAAUACAUCUGAUAGAGUGGAUAUCUUACAAGCACUUACAAAGAACGGUACCAAGCCAAAGUUAGCGGAAGAUGUGAAUCUUCAGGCUAUAGGUGGUAGUGACAGAUGUGAUGGCUACACUGGAGCCGAUCUCGCCGCUUUAAUAAGAGAAGCUGGUGUCGAGGCUUUGCGAGAGAUUAUGAGUGGUAUUUCCGAUUCUGCAGAAAUUUGCACACGACAUUUGAAUGCAGCAUUCGAUAAAAUCCGACCUUCCGUGCAAGAAAAGGACAUCAAACAUUAUGAAAAGCUACAAAAACUUUAUUCUAUAAAGAAGUGUCAUAAUAUAGAUGUACCAAUGACCUUAGAACCGUCAAUAGAUAUCACAAUGGAGGCAAUGGAGACCUGAAUUUUACACUAUUUCAUUGAAGUUUAUAAAGAUGUAUGUAUAUAUAUAUAUAUAUAUAUAUAUAUAUAUAUAUAUAUA